ACCACGGUAACCUCGAAGCGGAAGUUGACACGUGCGUUGAAGGAAGGAAACGCCGCCUCUCGUGUUUCGAGGCCGCGAGCUCUCUACAGGUUGAUAUUUCAUCCCGGAGCGCGUGGGUCCGGUGGAUAACCUGAAAACCAGUUUGAGUUCUGGUUCUAUUCGAGGAUAGAACGGGUUUGUUUGAUCUGGAUCAGAACGUUUCUCCUCACUGCUCCUCCUCUUCAUCAUGGCUGUGAGAGCCUCCUUCGAAAAGAACAACGAGGUCGGCUGCUUCGCCAAACUCACCAACACCUACUGCCUCGUGGCCAUCGGUGGAUCAGAGAACUUCUACAGCGUGUUUGAAGGCGAGCUGUCAGAAACCAUCCCGGUGGUCCACGCCUCCAUCGCCGGCUGUCGGAUCAUCGGCAGGAUGUGUGUCGGUAACCGCCACGGCCUCCUGGUUCCCAACAACACCACAGACCAGGAGCUGCAGCACAUCAGGAACUCCCUGCCAGACGCCGUGAGGAUCCAGAGAGUAGAGGAGAGGCUGUCUGCGCUCGGGAACGUCAUCGCCUGCAACGACUACGUGGCUCUGGUUCACCCCGACCUCGACAGGGAAACAGAGGAGAUCCUGGCAGACACCCUGAAGGUGGAGGUUUUCCGUCAGACGGUGGCCGAGCAGGUUCUGGUCGGUUCCUACUGUGCCUUCAGUAACCAGGGAGGCCUGGUCCACCCGAAGACGUCCAUCGAGGACCAGGACGAGCUGUCGUCUCUGCUGCAGGUUCCUCUGGUGGCUGGCACGGUGAACCGGGGCAGCGAGGUGAUCGCCGGGGGGCUGGUGGUCAAUGACUGGUGCGCGUUCUGUGGGCUGGACACGACCAGCACGGAGCUGUCGGUCAUAGAGAGCGUGUUCCGGCUCAGCGAGACGGCGCAGGCCUCCGCAAUCGCCACCAGCAUGAGGGACUCCCUGAUUGACAGCAUGGCGUAGAAGCUGCUGUCUGUUUCCUGCCAUGAUGAAGCUCCGCCCCCUGAAGCACACGGACAGACGUUUCUCCAACACAAACCUGAUCAGAUCAUCAUGGCCGACGGGGCGGCAGAAGCUGCUCUCAGACAGGCGAUCUAUUGAAGCUCUUUGAGCUGAGAAGCGUUCAGAGAAAUUAGUUUAGAUUUCUGAGCUGCCGUUUGAACCUGGAACGUGUUUUAGUUUGUGACGCUUCGGACUGUUCUACCUGAAUUAAAUCAGGAAGGAAACGGUGUUGAAUGUGUGUCUGAGCAGAGAUGUUUUUGUCACCAGACUAAUGGAACAUGUAUGUAUCUGUAAAAUAAAGCUGAUUGCCAUCUUUUUAUCGG